ACUAACGCCGACGGAUUAUGUACCCGCGGCUUGCUAUCCACCCGUCUCGACCAUUACCCUCACAACUGGUGGUAAUCAUCCUCAGCCCCCUGGUGUCAUUGAUAAUAUGACACCUACAUCAGCAACUGGACCAGCACCACCAACGGGCCCCAACAAUCCCGUUGCCAUGAGCCAACUCGGCACUGUCUACGCCACCAAGAGGAGACGGAGAAAUGGAAAGAGCAUGAAACCCCAGCAGAAAGACGGCGUGACCAAGUCAAAUCCAAGCAAACGACACAGAGAGAGACUCAAUGCUGAAUUGGAUACGUUAGCAUCGCUUCUUCCAUUUGAGCAAAACAUUCUCAGUAAAUUGGAUCGGCUAAGCAUACUCAGGCUCAGUGUCAGCUAUCUCCGCACCAAGAGUUACUUCCAAGUCGUAAUGCACAAAGAUAAAGAGGAGAAUUCUCACCGAGACACUCAUUAUCGCGCCCGUGAAAUGGCGGCGCUUGCGGCUUACGAUCAUCACCACCUCGACGGCGAGAUGUUCCUCCAGGCAUUAAAUGGAUUCCUGUUGAUACUGACUUGCGACGGGGAAGUAUUUUUUGCCACGCACAGCAUAGAGAGUUAUCUAGGAUUUCAUCAGUCUGACAUCGUCCAUCAAAGUGUAUACGAACUGGUCCACAGUGAAGACCGUGAAGAGCUCCAACGUCAACUGAUGUGGAAUUCUUUUUUACCAGCCGAAAAUGCUAAUUUACCCCUUCACGACGCCCUUUCCCUCCAACACUGUCACCUGCUGGAGCGAAGUUUCACCGUACGAUUCAGGUGUCUGCUGGACAACACUUCAGGAUUUUUGAGAUUAGAUAUUCGGGGGCGAGUUAAGAUUCUUCACGGGCAGAAUAGAAAAACGGAGGAGCCACCGUUGGCUUUGUUUGCACUCUGCACACCUUUUGGUCCACCGUCGUUGCUGGAGGUGCCUCAGAAGGAGGUGAUGUUCAAGAGUAAACAUAAAUUGGAUUUCGCUCUUGUGUCGAUGGACCAGAGAGGAAAAAUGCUCUUGGGGUACACGGACGCUGAGCUUGCCAAUUUGGGAGGAUAUGAUCUGGUGCAUUAUGAUGAUUUGGCGUAUGUCGCUAGUGCACAUCAAGAACUGCUUAAAACUGGUGCCUCUGGGAUGAUUGCGUACAGGUAUCAAAUGAAAGAUGGUGGGUGGCAAUGGCUCCAGACGAGCUCGAGACUUGUCUACAAGAACUCUAAACCAGACUUUGUCAUAAGUACACAUCGACCUCUAAUGGAAGAAGAAGGUCGCGAUCUCCUCGGGAAGCGCACGAUGGACUUCAAAGUGUCAUACCUUGACGCGGGUCUUACCAAUAGCUAUUUCUCAGACUCGGAGAGCUUAACAGGUCCCUCGAUGACACCGACACUUCCAGCACAACCCACUCCACAACGAGUGAAUCGUCGUUACAAAACCCAACUCCGUGACUUCCUAUCCACCUGCCGCAGUAAAAGAACAAAGCUCUCGAACCAAUCGCCAGUCUCACCACCAGCGACGCCAACGGUAGCGUCGGUGGACUAUUUGGCCGCCGAUACGAGUACCGCAGCGGCAGUAGCUGCUGCCUACAGCAACCUAAACACUAUCUAUCCAACUCCCUAUGCUCCAGCAGCAGUUGCCACUACAGAUCCAUCUUUAACGACGUACAUAGGCCACACGGGGAACUAUCACCAGACACUCUAUCCCCCAGCAGCCCUGGACAAUCGCUACCUCACAGCAACUGAGAAUCUCUUCCAGUAUCGGCCCCUAGGAUCGUACUACCCGGAGUACCAUACACCAACGGCCUACAACGGCUUCAUAGACGUCUCCCUACCGACGUACGACACCCACCAGUUGACCAAAACCGAGGACAGACUUUACUGCCAGCAGUUAGAGUCACCCAAGUACAGUUACGUCGACACUAGACAUCCUAAUAGCGUUGGGGGUUCUCCCUAUGCUGCUAGUCCUGUGACGACAGCUGCCAUUCACCCAAAUUCCGACGUCAAUGUGAGAACUGGGAGUAGGCACUCCCUGGAGGGCGCCUCCUCGAGUAAUUCAGCGGGAAGUUCACCUGUCACUGCAGCUAAUGGCGUGAGAACACCCAAAAUGGAGGAUGUGAAGCCAGAGAUAUAUGGGAGUGAGGCACCCCGGCAGACUGUUCUCAUGUGGGGGCCUCCACCCUCUAGGUCACCACCGAGAAAUAAUGGGAGCUAUAGCCCUCCAACGCCUCACUCUACUCACUCAUCGCAUUCCAAUAAUACCAAUGUCGAUCCUCUCAAGAGUCUCGCUGAGAUGAACACCAUCAAUGGCGACUGCAAGUGGAAACAGGCGUCACCCACUGGGCAGACUGGGCCCACCAGUCCCAGGGGCAAAACUCAACAGCAUCAGCAGUAUUCAGUUACUGCUGUGCAUUAUGGGAGUGGGGGGUACUCACAUCAUCAGGGACAUCCGCACGAGACGGGCUCCGAGGUAUGGCAAGGAGUCCAACACCAUCACUACCAGUACUAUCCUUACCACCACCCCGCACCAAGGCACACGCCCCACUCAUCACCAUCGUCGGUGGUAACGGGGACAGGCACAUCCAUGUCCACGGUACAGGAAACCAACAGCACCAACAGCGUCUUGUAUCAUCCGUCACAUCACGCAGUCUCCUCGGGUGCCACAAUGGUACCAGCUGCCUCCCAGAUACCAAACCGGACGCCGGGAGUCCUCUGUUGUCCAUCUCUGAGGUGACCAAUACUCUGCUCAACCAGUAGCAAUAAUGUGACAGCGCAUCAGUCCAAUGAUGAUCAAUGUUACCAUGUUCGAUGAUUUAUUAUGUUUGUAUCAUAUUGGUAAUGUGAGAUUUAUUUCUUCUCUCAAUUUUCUCUCUCGCAUAUUCUUCGUUACGUUUUUAAUGAAAAUAACAUAUCAAAUGAGCGCAAAUGUCACUGGGUUGUGAAAAAUAUUAGGUAAAAUAUUUCAUGUACGUGUGAAUGAUGAACUGGAGAUGUAUUUCAAGAUGAGAUUGAUUUUUGUUGGUAUUUCCGAAUGUGAGGAACGCGAAGCAUUUCGUUACUACAUUUUUAUCGAACAGAAAGAUAUUAAUAUUGAGGGAAAGAGUCUAAAUAAUUUGGCCUUGAGGACUCCGUCGAAAAAUAUAAAAUGUAGAGAUAGGUAUUUGCUUUGUUUUUAUUCGGUAUUCGGUGAACCACUCAAUGGGCAAAAAAAUUUCAAAUAUUUCGACAGUAGCUCGUAAGUCAGUAGAGCUCGCUUGUCAGUAGAGCACCUCAUGAGUUUUUUUAUCGUUAGUUUCUCAGACCCGGACCCCAUAUUAAUACGAAUUUCCGAUGCUCUAUAAAAGAAGCAAUGAUAAUUUACCUCGAAUUCGGAAAUAUUUGUGGAGAACUUACCUAGCGGUCAAGUCUAAUUGCACUAUAUUUUCAUAUUUCUCAUUUUCAAAUGACCUCUCCUCGUCAUUCAAUAAUAGCAACAAAUUUCGGCCUAUCUUCCUCCCUCUCUCGCCCCUAAAACUGUCAUCAAUUAUGUACAAUACGUCAUGCUUGUAUAAUUUUUCUACAGAAAAAUAAAAUACGUAUUCUGUGAUAUGUGUUAGGUAAAUUGCAAAAACACAAUAAUCGUCAGAGACGUACAUGAUUUUAAUAUUUAUUAGCGUGAAAGUUGUUUGACGAAGGGUAGUGGCAUAAUUUUCUGUCUUGAGAAAAACGCCUUGAUUAGAUUAUCCUCGUGAAUAUUUGAAUUUAUUGUUUAACUUCACACAGCGAGCGAAUGGACAUCCAGAAUAAAUUGUUAGCCUACUUUAUCAAAACCUUUACCCCUCUCUCCCCUCCCCUCCCAGUCUUGCCAAUAUUUUGUUAAUAUGUUUGUAAUUUUUGUACUUAAUUAAUUUAUACACUAUUUAUGUGAAGAAGAAAAUAACCGAAUGCGUUUAGGUAUUUAGCGAAGCUAGAUGAGCCUUCCAAUAUCUGUAAAAUAAUAGUUCUCAUUUGCAAAGCCAAAGUGUUUUUUCAUUAUUAAUUCAUUUGAAUUGGUGUUCGUACUAUUCGAGAAAAAUGAUUUUAAUUAUUUAUUGCGAAAUUUGGAAAUCAGGGAAAAAAUUUCUCGGGAAAUUCAUUGGAGAAUUGACUUUGCAACUGAGUGCAAUGAAUUACUGUCUUUAGUACCUCCUUUAAACGAUUUAAUUGAAUUUCUUCGAGUUAUUAGCAGCGAAGGAGAAGUUUCUAGUAGUUAAUUAAGAAAUCGAGUCUAGUCCAUGUAUAAUGCGAAUUUAGUAGUCCUACUGUGCUCUUCCUGAGAACAACUUGCAUUAUUUUGGGACUCAUGUGAGAAAUGGAGAGUUAUGAGUUGAUACGAAUGAUUGGACUUUCACUUCCGAUGCAAGGAUGUUCUCUUAUAAGAGCAUUGAUGUAUAUUAAUUGUAUAUUUACAACAUGAUAUUCUGUAAUGAGUAGAUUAAAUAUUGAUUUCUCAGCAUAAUUCACUGUAGAAUGAAAGGAAAUUACGAUUACGAGUAUUUUGGGAUCUCACAGAACACUUCCUCAGUAAUCUUCUCAAUUUUUUUUUUUACAAAGACACCUCCAAAAUUGUUCAGAAGUGGAGUUAGGGCAAUGAGGGAUCAGUUCAGAAAUUAGUUGAUAGUUAUUUGUCGAUUAUUUUACUAAUUUCUCAGAAUCUAUUGCAUUUUAGAAUAAAACAUGAUGGGAGUUUUGUAUUGCAGAUUUUCCUUGAAAUUUGAAGUAUCGAUCGGUAUUUUUUUCGAAAUCCACUAGCAUCGGAGAUAUUUCCAAAAUAAUGAACUUGAGUUUUUUUAUAAUUCUCAAAUGGAUCUAUUCAUAGGUUUGUAAAUAUCUCUGGAUCAAUCGUGUUUUUUUUAAAUAAUUUGAGUCUCCGAUACAUGCCUCAUGAUUUAAUUUCACUAAAUUUACGAUUGUUGCAUACGAUUGAUUGUCUCGUUUCACAUUACAACGUAAUCGAAAAGUCCAUGAAAGUAAGAACUCCCUUCCAUUGAAAUGAAUAUCGGUACGACAACUGAACAGUAGUCUCUGAGAAAUCGUGAUUAUCAGUCAAAUCUCCAAACUCAAUGUUGAAUAAUAGUUAUAUUGAAGAGAAGAAUUAAAUAUAUAGGUAAAAUGUGAAAAGAACGGGAGUAAUUAAAUUGGAGAUACUUUUGGUAAGGCUUAGUUCGUCCCAACAAUUGCGGCGAUAAUGACAUAUCAUUAAUAAUUAUUCAAUAUUCCAUGAAAAUCACUAUUUCCCUAAUAAUUCACACGAAAAUGUAUUUAUUUGAUACCCCUCCCAUGUAUUACGAUCUAAUUGAUAGAAAAAAAUUAACGAAAAAUCUAUUGUAUCAUAUCAUGCCAAACCGAAAAAAAAACAAAAAUACGAGAUAAAUUGUGAAUUAUUCUUCAUCAAUUUUUAUGUUCAGAGUAAUUGAUUCCCUAGGAUCUAAUCAACAGUAUCCAUAUCGCUAAAUCUAAGAACUACAAAAAAGAAGAAAUGAAUUCG